UCAGAUUAAUAAAAUCGCGAACCCUAGGAUUUGGGGCUGUCGCUUCUUCUUCUUCAACACGAUCUUCAUCUUUGCUCCUUUGAGUUCGUUAAUCAGCCGCGAUCCAAAGAUUUAACAGUCUCUCACCUUCGCUUGCGCCCUCACUCGUUCCAUUUGUAACAAUCUCAGACCUCUUCUAAUUGUCGUCCCUGCUUCAGACCACAGUGCAACAUCAAUCACGAAGGGACCGUCAGCUAUUUCCGUUCGUGCUGGAACCAUCGCCCGACAUUUGAAUUAUUGCAUACUGCUGAUGUCGCAUUUCUUUGGUCAGUAACAGCUGAUUAUUAUCUAGCAAUGGAUCAACCUGAGGAUGAAAGUCGUGCUGGUAGUGAGAAUCAGGCCAAGCAAGAUGGUGAACAGGAAACAGCUGCACGUCAUGAAGAAUUAAAAAAAUUAGUGGAGGCUAAGAUUGCUCUUCGCCAAAGUAACUUGAAUCCUGAAAGACCUGACAGCAUUUUUCUUCGGACGUUAGAUUCCAGCAUAAAACGCAAUACAGCAGUUAUUAAGAAACUUAAGCAGAUUAAUGAAGAACAGCGAGACAGUUUGAUGGAUGAGUUGAGAAAUGUCAACUUGAGCAAAUUUGUUACUGAAGCAGUGACAGCCAUCAGUGAGGCAAAGCUACGGUCUUCUGAUAUUCAAGCUGCUGUUCAGAUUUGUUCGCUGCUUCAUCAAAGGUACAAGGAUUUCUCACCAAGUUUGGUUCAGUGCCUGCUGAAAAUCUUCUUUCCUGGAAAAUCUAGUGAUGAUUUGGAGGCAGACAAGAACUUAAGAGCGAUGAAGAAGCGUAGCACAUUAAAGCUCCUCCUGGAGCUGUACUUUGUUAGAGUAAUAGACGAUUGUAGUAUUUUUGUUAAUAUCAUCAAGGAUCUUACCAGUAUGGAGUAUUUUAAGGACCGUGAGGCAACACAGACGAAUCUGUCUCUUCUUGCCAGCUUUGCUCGACAAGGGAGAACCUUCCUUGGACUUCCACUGUCAGGACAACAAGUACUUGAUGAGUUUUCCAAGGACCUUAAUAUCACAGCAGAUCAGAAGAAAUUUUUCAGGAAGGCAUUUCAUUCAUAUCAUGAUUCUGCUGCAGAACUUCUUCAGUCAGAGCACGCUUCACUUCGCCAAAUGGAGCAAGAAAAUGCCAAGAUUCUAAAUGCCAAAGGUGAAUUAAAUGACGAAAAUGCAUCAACGUAUGAGAAGUUGCGACGAGCUUAUGAUCAUCUGCAUCGAGGUGUAUCAGCAUUAGCAGAAGCUCUUGACAUGGAACCUCCAGUAAUGCCAGAGGAUGGCCACACAACCAGGGUUACUACUGGGGGGGAAUCAUCAUUACCAAAUUCUGGGAAAGAUUCUUCAGUUCUUGAAGCAAUCUGGGAUGAUGAAGAUACCAAAGCAUUUUAUGAAAGCUUGCCUGACCUUAGAGCUUUUGUUCCAGCUGUGCUUUUGGGAGAAGCAGAACCCAAGGCUAAUGACCAUUCUCCAAAGUCACAAGAGCAACCAUCUGAUUCACAUGAGCCAGACCAAAGUCAGAGCGUUAGCCAAGAACCUGUAGAGGCUUCCCGUGAAGCUGCAGUUGUUCAGGAGGGGAACAAUGAGAAAGCCAAAGACAAAGAUGCAAAAGAAAAGGAAAAGUGUAAGGAUCCUGAAAAAGACAAAGGAAAAGACAAAGAUGCUGAAAGAAAAAUAGAAAAUGAAAAGGAGAAACUUAAAGGACUAGAGGGGACAAAUUUGGAUGGUAUGUUGCAGAGGCUUCCAGGAUGUGUGAGCCGGGAUCUAAUUGAUCAAUUAACUGUGGAAUUUUGUUAUUUGAAUUCAAAAUCAAGCAGAAAAAAGCUUGUGAGAGCCUUGUUCAAUGUUCCCAGGACAUCUCUUGAACUGCUUCCGUACUACUCUCGUAUGGUUGCCACACUAUCCACUUGUAUAAAAGAUGUUUCUUCCAUGCUCUUACAGCUGCUGGAGGAAGAGUUCAACUCUCUGAUAAAUAAGAAGGAUCAAAUGAAUAUUGAAACAAAAAUACGUAAUAUUCGCUUUAUUGGGGAGCUCUGCAAAUUCAAAAUUGCUUCACCUGGAUUAGUGUUCGGUUGUUUGAAGACUUGUUUGGAUGAUUUUUCGCAUCAUAACAUAGAUGUUGCAUGUAAUCUCCUUGAGACCUGCGGACGAUUUCUCUAUCGAUCUCCUGAAACUUCUGUGCGAAUGGCCAAUAUGUUGGAAAUUUUGAUGCGGUUGAAAAAUGUCAAGAAUCUGGAUCCUCAUCACAGCACUCUUGUAGAAAAUGCUUAUUAUCUCUGCAAACCACCUGAACGAUCAGCAAGGGUUUCUAAAGUCCGCCCUCCUUUACAUCAGUAUAUAAGGAAGCUUCUUUUCUCAGAUCUGGAUAAAUCUUCAAUUGAGCAUGUGCUAAGACAACUCCGUAAAUUGCCUUGGAAUGAAUGUGAUUCCUACCUCUUGAAGUCCUUUUUGAAGGUUCAUAAAGGAAAAUAUGGUCAGAUUCACUUGAUUGCUUCUCUCACUGCUGGGUUGAGCCGCUAUCAUGAUGACUUUGCAGUUGCUGUUGUUGAUGAGGUUUUGGAAGAAAUUAGGGUGGGGUUGGAAUUGAAUGACUAUGGGAUGCAGCAGCGUCGAAUUGCGCAUAUGCGAUUCUUGGGGGAGCUAUACAGUUACGAACAAUUAGAAUCAUCUGUCAUUUUUGAUACACUUUAUUUGAUUCUCAUGUUUGGCCAUGGGAGUUCAGAGCAAGAUGUGCUGGAUCCACCUGAAGACUGUUUUCGCAUCAGGAUGAUAAUUACACUUCUCGAAACCUGUGGCCACUAUUUUGAUCGAGGGUCUUCAAAGAGGAAGCUUGAUAAAUUCCUAAUUCAUUUCCAAAGAUACAUUCUGACUAAGGGUGCAGUUCCACUGGAUAUUGAAUUUGACCUACAGGACCUGUUUGCUGAUUUAAGGCCCAACAUGACCCGCCACUCAUCCAUUGAAGAAGUUAAUACUGCUUUAAUUGAACUCGAGGAGCAUGAACACACCGCUUCAAUAGAUAAAUCUAGCAAUGAGAAACACUUGGACAGCGAAAAAUCUUCAAGAAGUGCGUCUAGCAGUAUUUCAACGAAUGGAAAGAGCCUUGCAAAUGGUAUCCAGCAAAAUGGUGGCGGGGUUCACGAGGUCAUAGGUGGUGAGAGUGAUACCGAUUCAGGGAGUGGGUCGGUGGAUCUUGAGAGGAAUGAUGACGACGAUUUGGAAGAUGAUAAUCGCGAUGAUGACUAUGAGAGCGAGGAUGAUUAUGAUGGGCGCGUCCCUGCAUCUGAUGAGGAUGAUGAAGUUCAUGUAAGGCCAAAAGUAACUGAGGUUGAUCCUCAAGAAGAAGCUGAGUUUGAGAAAGAACUUAAAGCUCUCAUGCAGGAGAGUUUGGAUUCACGGAAGCUAGAAAUCCGUGCCCGACCGACCUUAAACAUGAUGAUACCGAUGCACGUUUUCGAAAGCUCUAAAGCUGAAAAUGGCGACGAGACAUUAGAGGAGGAAUCAGGAGAAAGUAAGGAAAUCCAAGUGAAAGUUCUAGUGAAACGAGGAAGCAAGCAACAGACGAGACAAAUGUUUAUUCCUCGCGAUUGCUCCCUAGUUCAGAGUACGAAACAGAAAGAAGCAGCAGAGCUAGAGGAGAAACAGGACAUAAAGCGAUUGGUACUUGAAUACAACGAUAGGGAAGAGGAGGAGCUUAACGGUUUGUCAGGAGCACAGUCCGCAGGCUGGACGCAAAGCAGCGGCGCAAGUGGUGGCAGGGGAGGAGGCAGAGGCGGCGGCAAUCCUUCAUGGGGUGGGGAGGGACAUGGGAGAGGCAGUGGAACCCGCCAUCGAUAUCCUCAGUAUCAUUGGGGUGGCGGUGGAGGAGGUUAUUAUAGUAGGAGGAGGUGAAAAUUGGCUCAUUUAACGAUAAAGUUUGGUAUAAAAAGAGCGUUUGUCCGACGACAUACGGUUUGCUUGACGUCAUAAACCCUAGAACACAAUGUGUUCUUUUCAGGUAUACCCCAAGUGAGUGAGACCUUUGAAUAGUGUGCUUAUUAUAACUCUGGUAAUAGUCAACUUUCAUAUAGUAUGAUGAGUAAAUCAGUUUGGGUUGGGAUGGUUGGUAUAAACCCUAGAUGAUUAAUGCAACUCGGAUGGAGAGUGUGGUCAUGUUUGUGCCCUAUGAAAUGACUGACUCAGCGAUAGAUUCUCGGGUGAUAGUAGAGUUAACCAUGUUCAAGUUUGUGUAUAGAGGAGGAGGUGAUUGUUCAUAAAAUAUGCUUCUUAUUAUGAGAGGAGUUAUAGUUUAUGUUGCCAACACAUUUAUGCUUUAUAUUAUUGUGAUACCUACAAUGUGCUUU